AUGUCUUUGCGUUCAGAAAAAUUCCAGCAUCCGCAUUUUAACGUGACAUUCCCCCAUGAACGAGUGGUCCAAGUCACGUUGAACAGGCUUGAAAAGUUGAAUUCUAUCACACAGGCCACAAGCCGUGAGAUACAGCGCGUCUGGGAGCUGUUUGACCAGGAUGAAAGUCUUUGGGUCGGUAUCAUCACGGGCUCCGGACGAGCGUUCUGCACGGGUGCAGAUCUCUAUGAAUGGAGCGAGAUGAAUCGAUCCGGAGUGGUCAACAAUAUGGCGGCACCAGGCUUGGCUGGUCUGCCCCGACGCAGCGGCAAAAAACCUAUUAUUGCAGCUGUGAAUGGGAUAUGCAUGGGUGGUGGCUUUGAGAUGGUCGCCAAUUGCGACCUUGUCAUUGCAUCUUUGUCUGCAACGUUUGCUCUACCUGAAGUGAAACGGGGCAUUGUUCCGGUCGCAGGAUGUCUUCCUCGCCUUACUCGAACCCUGGGUUUACAGCGCACAAUGGAUCUUGUUCUCACGGGUAGGACUGUUGAUGCUCGGACAAUGUACGACUGGGGCUUGGUCUCGAGGUUAGUGGAUUCAAGCAGUGAUCUUCUAGAGACAGCCCUUUCAGUCGCUCGUGAAAUCUGUGGAAACAGUCCCGACGCGCUGUUUGUUGCUCGUCAUGGAAUCCGUCUUAGUUGGGAAUCGGGAAAUGUGGAGGAAGCGGUCACCACUUUGGAGGAAGAAUGGUACCCUCGCCUUAUCGAAGGUCGCAAUUUUGGUGAAGGAAUACGGGCUUUUGUUGAAAAACGGCCCCCCCAAUGGAUCAAUUCAAAGCUUUGA